AGUGUGGAGCUGGAGGACAUUAAUGACCACAUGCCAAAAUUCACUCAUACAUCCUUUGAAUUGCAAAUAAGUGAGUCCUCAAAACCCGGGACACGAUUUAUCUUAGGACCCGCCCAUGAUGCAGAUAUUGGAACCAAUUCUUUACAGAAUUACCAGCUUAGUCCCAAUGAUCAUUUUUCACUAGUGAAUAAAGAGAAAUCCGACGGUAGUAAAUACCCUGAAAUGGUAUUAAAGACAGCUCUAGACCGGGAAAAGCAGAAAUUCUACCACUUGACCCUGACUGCUUUGGACUUUGGGCAUCCACCCCUCAACAGCACUGCACAGAUACAGGUCCUAGUGACUGAUGCCAAUGAUAACCCUCCAGUGUUCAGCCAAGACAUAUACAGGGUGAGCCUUCCAGAAAGCGUGAACCCAGGAACCACUGUGCUUCGGGUGGUGGCCACAGACCAAGACGAGGGUGUCAACUCCGAGAUCACAUUCUCUUUCAGCGAAGCUGGCCAGAUUACCCAAUUUAACCUGGAUUCUAAUACCGGAGAAAUUACUACUCUGGAUACAUUAGAUUUCGAAGAAGUCAAAGAAUAUUCCCUUGUUUUGGAAGCAAAGGAUGGUGGGGGGAUGAUUGCACAGUGUACGGUGGAAAUAGAAGUCCUAGAUGAGAACGACAAUGUCCCUGAAGUGUUAUUCCAGUCUCUACCUGAUCUUGUAAUGGAGGAUGCUGAGCCAGGGACUUACAUCGCUCUGCUUAAAACCCGUGACAAAGAUUCUGGACGCAACGGAGAAGUCAUCUGUAAAUUAGAAGGCGGUGCUCCGUUUAAAAUACUCACUUCUUCAAGAAAUACAUAUAAAUUAGUGACGGAUGGAGUUCUAGACCGUGAGCAGAACCCGGAAUAUAACAUUACUAUCAGAGCUACCGACAAGGGUGACCCGCCUCUCUCUUCCAGCUCAAGUGUCACCUUACGUAUAGGCGAUGUGAACGAUAACGCUCCAGUUUUCACAAAGGUUUCAUACCUGGUCCACGUUGCAGAAAACAAUCCGCCUGGAGCCUCCAUCGCUCAAGUCAGCGCCUCUGACACGGAUUUGGGGAUCAAUGGCCUCAUCUCCUAUUCCAUCAUAGCCAGCGACCUGGAGCCUGAAUCGAUGUGGUCCUACGUGACCAUAAACGCGCAGAGCGGAGUGGUGUUCGCUCAGCGCGCCUUCGACCACGAGCAGCUGCGCUCCUUCCAGCUGACACUGCAGGCGCGCGACCACGGAUCGCCCGCGCUCAGCGCCAACGUGAGCAUGCGCGUGCUGGUGGGCGACCGCAACGACAACGCGCCACGCGUGCUCUAUCCCGCUCUCGAGCCCGACGGCUCUGCGCUCUUCGACAUGGUGCCACGCGCUGCCGAGCCCGGAUACCUGGUCACCAAAGUGGUGGCUGUGGACGCAGACUCGGGACACAAUGCCUGGCUGUCUUACCACGUGCUGCAGGCCAGCGACCCUGGGCUCUUCAGCCUGGGGCUGCGCACAGGAGAGGUGCGCACAGCGCGUGCCCUGGGAGACAAGGACUCAGCGCGGCAGCGCCUUCUGGUCGCUGUGCGUGAUGGUGGACAGCCGCCCCUCUCGGCUACAGCCACUCUGCACCUGAUCUUUGCUGACAGCUUGCAGGAGGUCCUCCCAGAGCUCAGCGAUGACCCUCUGCCCCCAGACCCUCAAUCCGAGCUGCAGUUCUAUUUAGUGGUGGCCUUGGCCUUAAUUUCUGUACUUUUCCUCCUGGCUGUGAUUCUAGCCAUUGCACUUCGACUGCGACACUCCUCCAGCAGGAAAGCAUGGGGCUGCUUUCAGUCAGAAGUGGUGGUUCGCCCCAACUAUAGUGAGGGGACUUUGCCAUAUUCCUACAACUUGUGUGCUGCAGCCACGGGGAAGGUUGACUUUAACUCCUUAACAUGUAAUGAUCAGUUGAAAUCAGGACAAGAUCUACUAUUUGCAGAUUCAGCGGGGGCCUUGUUUCCACUUUGUAAUUCCAGUGAGUCAACCUCCCAUGAGGUAAGUUUCGCAAGCAUAAUGUACUCCUUUCUAUCAGUUCUUCAUAUUCUCAGGAAAUAUAUGCUUUUCAGAUAG